CUUCCAUCUCUUGUUAUUCUUUCAGGUGGUCAGGAGGAGCGCUAGUGUGGGAAAUGGCAAUACAACCACCAUUCAGUUCGCGUAGCAAUGUUGAAGCACGAGGUACGUUUCCAUUCUAAAAUAGUUUACAAUUCUUCCUAAACAAAAAAAAAUCGCGACAAUUCACGAACAAUAAACUAUCCACGAAGCUUGAACCGUUUGGAGUUUGGUGAAUGUGAGGUGAAGAAAGAGCUCGUAUGCUCUAUUGGAUUAAUUGAUUGCGGUGUGAUCGUGAAAAAAAAGAGCGUCUUAAAAGAUCUGUCUCACUCUCACUGUCUUGCCAUUUGGUGGGCCUUCUCUCGAGGAGUGGUAAACCGGUUUAAGUGCCUGGAAAAGAUCUCGUGUUGACUCAGAAGAAACCAAGAAGUUGGUCAGAUUUGAAACAGUCCGCGCCAGGCUGACGGUGUUCAAUUGUUGGCUGUUCCCGCGAGAACAUUUUUGUUAUGUGAGAAGCAACCUUGUAAUUUUUCCGUUGAGGGAGAUUUGUGUGGGAACUGCAUAAUCCUAAGGUAGACACAGUUCCAUAACUAUUUGAAGAAAAUUGCGUUUUUCUUUUGUGGCCAAAGUGCAAAUUUCCGUGUGUGAAUGAAAGUUGUGUGUUGCGAGAUAUUCAAAUGAAAAGUGAGUGAAAGAUGCAGAAAAUCUCCAUGUUACUUAAUCAACAUUUCACUGUGAUCAUCAUCCACUUGGUGGCUUUUUUGCUGAUGGUACUAACCAAGCAAAAUGUCAUCGCUGCUGGAACAGGACCAUCGCACGAUAAAGUCGUAGUUUGUUAUAUAGGUACUUGGGCAACUUAUCGACCAGGAUUUGGAUCCUUCACCAUGGACCAUGUUGAUCCCAAUUUAUGCACACAUUUAAUCUAUGCCUUUUCCGGACUAGACACCGACACGGACGGCAUAAAGGCUCUUGAUCCAUGGCAGGAUUUGAAAGACAAUUACGGAAAGGGUGGCUUUGAACGACUUACUGGUAUGAAAAAGGCCAAUCCUCACUUGAAGGUGACUCUGGCCAUUGGAGGAUGGAAUGAAGGUUCUGUAAAGUAUUCACAAAUGUCUGCAGAUCCCAGUCGAAGGGCUAAAUUUGUUAAGAAUGCCGUGGCUUUUAUCAAGCGAUACAAUUUCGAUGGACUCGAUCUUGACUGGGAAUAUCCAACUCAGAGAGAUGGAAAGCCCGAGGAUAAGGAGAAUUUUGUGAGCUUGGUGAUGGAACUGAAGAGUGAACUGCGGAAGCAUGAUCUUAUACUUACUUCAGCCAUUGGAGCUUCCAAAAUUAUGAUUGAUGAAGCCUACGAUGUAAAAACUCUGUCCAAUUACCUGGAUUUCAUGCACAUCAUGUGUUAUGAUUAUUCCGGAAGUUGGGAUAAGAAAGUUGGUCCAAAUGCCCCACUUAGAAAUAACGGAAUCCUCGAUAUUGAUACUACAAUUUCCCAUUUGUUAGCCAGAGGAGCGUCUCCAUCAAAGUUAGUUCUUGGACUUCCGUUCUACGGAAGGACUUUUGUAGCUCAGGGUGAGGGAUACUUUGGAGAUCCAACAGAUGAUAAGGGCUUCCCUGGUCCUUAUACGAAAGAAAGUGGUUUUAUGGGAUACAAUGAGAUUUGUGCUACAGUUCAAAAUACCUCGGCAGCCUGGGAAGUGUCCUGGGAUGCUAAAACAGAUCAAGCAAUUGCACGGAAGAAAAAUACAGAAAUUGGUGAAACUAAAGUUGUUACCUUCGACAGCAGCCGGUCAAUUGCCAACAAAAUCCGAUAUGCUGUAAAACUGAAGUUGGCUGGAGCUAUGGUAUGGUCAAUUGACACAGACGACUUCCUGGGCAACUGUAAAGUGGACAAUGACACAUUUGUGGAUUACACGCCAAAGCCUGGGGUUAAAUUGUCCUUUCCGCGACGCGUCAAUGACAAUUUCCCGCUACUGAGGACCAUUAAUGAGGCCAUAAUUGUGGCUCAGAGCGAAGCAGAGCAGGAAAAGGCAAUUGAAGAUGAUAAGGAUAACGAAAUACCUCAUGGAUCAACAGGAUCAGCAGGAGUUUGCUUUCAAACCCACUUUUUGUCCAUCAUCGUGAUUUUGUCUAUUUUUUCAAGUGGAUUCUUUUCGUAGAUGUUUUAUAUUUGCGGGAAGACUUAAUAAAAAAGAAUUGGCGAUAUUUAGGGAAAAUUA